AUGCCUACGCCAUUAUAUAAGGCAAAAUGUCCAAUUUUGAUACCUACUUGUUGGAAUGUAAACGAUUGUUCACCAGGCCUGAAAAUUGAUGAAAAUCCACUUUCGGUUAGAUAUAAUGGAAACCGUAUGUUUGCUGCCGUUAGAGCAGAUUAUUGCAUUCCAAAAAAAACCGGAAUUUAUUAUUUUGAGGUUGACAUUAUAGAGGGUGGAAAUGACAAUGUAAUAUCGGUUGGUGUUUCAACUUCAUAUACAAAUCUUGAUAGGCUAGCAGGAUGGGAUCCGGGCUCGAUAGGUUAUCAUGGUGAUAAUGGCUGGAAAUAUCUUGAAUAUGGGCAAGGAAUUAAAUACGGACCUACUUUUACGACAGGAGAUACGAUCGGUUGUUGCAUAAAUUUUUAUUCCAAUGAAGUGUUUUUUACUAAAAAUGGUGUUAAUUUAGGAAUCGUCUGUCCGUCAAAUAUAAUUGAUCAAUUAUAUCCAGUUGUAGGGAUGGAAAGUCCGAAUUCUUGGGUAGAAGCGAAUUUUGGAAACAAGCCCUUCAAAUUUGAUAUCAAACUAUACUCUACG